AUGAAACUCGCCGACCGGACAUGGACUGAAUUUUAUUCGAGAGUAGACCAGACGUUUUCCAAACGCCCGAGUUCUGUGGUGAAAUUCGUUCAGCCAAGUAAGAAGGUUGUACCCAACACGAAUGAAGAACCAGGUACUGGUCGAGACUCUCAUACGGAAACGGAAAACAAUAAAGGGAACAAAGGUGGAGAUAAAGGUGGCCAGAAGAACAAGCAUGUGCAAGGUACUGAUGGUCACAAGAGCAAUGUCAACACUUGCGGGACCUUGGGCAACAAAUCCGCUCAGGCAGCUGAGCCUCUUAAGCCAAAGUAUAAAGAGAUCAAGGACCGUGCUGAAACGGAUUGCAGCUGGCACAUGACCCAACAUGAGCCGAACGGUCGCUGGGAUGGCAGGCACGCAUAG